AAUCCUCAGAAAUAAGGGACAGGGAAAUUAUUAAUGAAAAAAAUGUCAAUAUUGAUUUAGAUACUAGCAUUAUAGAAAACACACUUUUAGAUCUACUUGUUGCAUCAGAUGAAUUUAAUCUUAUUGAAUUAGUUGAUUAUAUUCAAGACUACAUCAUAUCUAGGUUAUCGGUCUCUAAUAAUAGUCUAACACCAGAAUCAGAAGGAGAGGGAGAGGAUAAUGCAAAUAAUGCAAAUAAUGCAAUGUGGGAAUGGGAUUCAAUAGAUUGGUUUCGACAAAAUAUAGUUCAAGUAUUUAAUACAUUUUCAUGCAAUGGAUCAUUAUUUGGAAAACUUUUAUCACAUUGUAUUAAUUUAAUUAUUUCGGAGCCACAAUUAUUAUUUUUUUCUAAAGACUUUGGAUUAUUACAAGAAGAUGCGUUAAUUUCCAUCAUUUCUAAUGAUAAUCUUCAAAUGAAAGAAAUAGAAGUUUGGGAAAGUGUGAUUAGAUGGGGAUUAGCGCAAACCGAUAUUAAAGAACCCGAACCAAAAAAUUGGAGUUUAGAAGAAAUUGAGGAAUUAGAGAAAAUAGUUCGAAAGAGUGUUCAACAUGUUAGAUUUUAUCAAUUAACAUGUACAGAAUAUUAUUAUCAAGUUCGAAAAUAUAAAAAACUUUUACCAAAAGAACUUCGAGAAAAGUUGAAAUUAUAUUUUAUUAUUCCAAAUAGUAUUCCUAAAACAACAAUUUUACCAUCAAGAAUUCCUAAAUAUACACUUGAAUCCACGAUUAUUGAUUCGAAACGAACAGCAUUAAUAGCAAGUUGGAUAGAUCGUAAAGAAGAUUCAAUAUAUGAUCAAGCGGAAGAAAAUCCAUACAGAUUUAAAUUAUUAUUAAGAGGAAGUCGAGAUGGAUUUUUGGUAGAAGAGUUUCGGAGAAAAUGUUUUAAUCAAGGAGCAACACAGAGCUUGGAUCAAAUUGCCCGUCUCUUUAAACCCGUAAAAUACUUUAAUUAUAUUGGAGGAAAAUAUCUUCCUAAUAACAACUCAGAAAUUACCUUUUCUUAUGAUUGGAAUUUACCUGAUCAUGAUAAUAAUAUAGAUCAUAUAAUCUCCAUUACUAAAGAUUGGUAUAGACCUUUCUUGGAUUAUAUUUGUAAAAUAGAUCGGUGGAGACGACAUUAUUGGAGAGAGGAGGUCGCAAAUUCCAUACCAAAUCCCGAUGAGCUCUUAAACAAUAUUGUGAGUUAUAUACCUGAAUUUAAAUAUCUAUACGAUUUCCAUUGGAACGAUCAUUGGAACGCUCAUUGGAACGAUCAUUGGAAUGUUUAUUGGAACAAAGAAUCUUAUAAUCCACUUCAAGAUCCAUGCGUUCUAUUUUUGGCUUCAGAUUGUGGUGUAUUUGCUAUUGUGGUGAUAAAUUUUUGCCGUCAAAAUAUAGUUGAUGACGAUAAUGACCCUCAUGUAUAUGAUCAAUAUCUCGAUUGGGUCAAAGCUUAUAAAGCAUAUGCUACUGAGAAACAUGGAAAUAAAUUAGUAACUGUAAUCGGUGCGAUUUAUACUAAUAAUCCUGAUCUUAUGGAACCUCUUGAAUUUGUCGAUGAAAUUGAUCGUUCAAUCGCUCGUUCCAUUAAUACUUAUACUCCAAAAUCUUUUUCUGACACUAAAUUUCUUUCAGCUCCUUUAAACUUUACAAAGAUGCCAUUAAACCCUGGUAAAAGUGCUGCUGUUAUUGGUCUCAUGCCCUUGAAUCCUGGUAAAAGUACUGCGGUUAUCGGUCUCAGUGGUAUUUAUGAUAAUGGAAAAACUGAAAGUGAUUCGGAAUUGCCUUCAUCCCUUCCAGAGAUUCUUCAAGAUGAAGAAACUGCCCGCAUUGUUUAUCGUGCUAUGAAAGAGUGUCAAUUUCCUGAUGAUCCGGCAUUAGUAAUUCGAUGGGAUGAUAGAGGAUUUAAUGAUGUACCAACGGUUCCGGGCUGUCGUAAUGGUAUAGCCGGUCAGACGAAGGCUGCUCUAAUUACUCACCUCGUGACAAAUGGCGCGGUUGACGUUUCCGGAUUAAAUUUAGUUUACAUGUUUAGAAGUCAGAAUGCAUAUAGCCAGUGUGAAGAUACAAUUCCUGCAUGGUGCGAAAAAUUUUAUUUACUUUAA